GCCCGGCAUUAAGGCCACGCGCGCAGCGCUCCCGCCCUUUCGGCUUGAGGGACAGCGGCACUGACUCCCGGCUGCGCGCGCGAACAUGGCGGACCAGGCCAUCUCCUUCCUCAAGGACUUCUUGGCGGGCGGCGUCGCCGCCGCCAUCAGCAAGACCGCGGUGGCGCCCAUCGAGCGGGUCAAGCUCUUGCUCCAGGUGCAACAUGCAAGCAAACAGAUUGCUGCUGAUAAGCAGUACAAGGGUAUCAUCGAUUGUGUAGUACGUAUUCCAAAGGAACAAGGAGUGCUGUCUUUCUGGCGAGGAAACUUGGCUAAUGUCAUCAGAUACUUCCCAACUCAAGCUCUCAACUUUGCCUUCAAGGAUAAGUAUAAGCAGGUGUUCUUGGGAGGUGUAGACAAGCACACUCAGUUCUGGAGAUAUUUUGCUGGUAACCUGGCAUCUGGUGGUGCAGCUGGAGCCACUUCCCUCUGCUUUGUCUACCCCUUGGAUUUUGCAAGAACCCGUUUGGCUGCUGAUGUUGGAAAAGCUGGUGCAGACAGAGAAUUCUCUGGUCUCGGGGACUGUCUAGUCAAAAUUACCAAGUCUGAUGGUGUGCGAGGCUUGUACCAAGGGUUCAAUGUCUCUGUCCAAGGCAUCAUCAUCUAUAGAGCUGCCUACUUCGGGAUCUAUGAUACAGCAAAAGGCAUGCUCCCAGAUCCCAGAAAUACUCACAUUGUUAUCAGUUGGAUGAUUGCCCAGACGGUGACUGCUGUGGCCGGUGUGGUGUCCUAUCCUUUUGAUACAGUGCGGCGUAGAAUGAUGAUGCAGUCAGGACGCAAAGGAGCUGAUAUCAUGUACUCUGGAACGAUUGACUGCUGGCGGAAGAUUGCCAGGGAUGAGGGAGGAAAGGCGUUCUUCAAGGGUGCAUGGUCCAAUGUUCUCAGAGGCAUGGGGGGUGCUUUUGUGCUUGUGCUGUACGAUGAAUUCAAGAAAGUCAUUUAAACAACCUAACUAGAAUUGGAAAUCAAAAUGAGCAGAUCAUGUAGAAUAACUACCAUUAUGGACCAUUGACCUUCAAGAAAUUCCUGUGAGUCUUAUUUAUCGGAGCCAGAUGAUACUUGUAGAUGGGGCUAGAAACUGACAUAGAGGACUGAUCCAUUUCACUGUAACAUGCAUGAAGACACUGAAUCUGGCAAUUCAGUGUGCUGAUUUUGCUUUUCAGCGAUCAAAAAUGAGUGGUGUUGGUUCUGGGUCCAAAGAGGCUAGGUCCAAUUUAGGCAGAGAAAAAUUGUUUGCCUGUGGAUCAGUCCCCAGUUUCAAGUCCUAUCUUCUAGGACCAUAAAAUUGUAUUUGAAAGCAUUUGCUAACAAAUCAUGUUCUUUUCCACUUGUACUGAAGCACUAUGUACCAUUUUGCACAGCUGAACAUCUAGCAGUUUUGUUCUUAAAUUGGGGCAUUUUGCUGUAAAACAAUAAACAUACUUACUCUG